UCUAUAAAUAGUUACAUGGGAAAACCAAUAUUUCAUGUAAACAUUGUUUGCUUGAUACCUGUGAAAUAUGCACCCAGUUAUAACAGUUGUUACAUAAGGAUGAGUAUUAUACCUAAAUACAUACACAUCAUACCGUCAUUGGAGGUAUAUCCUAGGGUGUGUUUUUUCAACAGACGCUACGGUGACCUUGUUGACAAGUUCAGGAAAUUGACUGGUAAAUACGCAAAGAUCUUUGCAAAUGAAGAAUUUGAUGCCUUGAACAAUAUUUUCGAAAAUGGCAUUGAGGUGAUAGUAUUUGGCGAAAACGACCUUACCCCAGAAGACUAUAUACCUGUUGCGUCCCGUCUGUAUAGGGUCCAGACGUCAAAACGGGAGGGAAAGGAAAACGAAUGUCCUGUUGACUAUAUUGUUGCCGUCGAUCCUUUCCAAAACAAAGCCAGGGUUUCUGGUGUGUUAGAAAAAGAAGCGGACAACGAAAAUAGCGAUGAGAUUAUUUCUGAUGACUGCUCUUCUGUUACUGUUGUCGUCUGCUCUGUAAAUGUUCAGCGUCUUGAUAUUCAUGGUCUAGAGAAAGUGACACAUCUGUUGGAGGGAGUGUUUAAUACAGCAGGUACUGAACUAAAUCACUGUUUCCUACUAUGUCGAUCAGGUAACGAGUACACACAAGCGGAAGAAGAUAUAUUUCGACGACGUAUUUCGAACAGAUUUGGAAAUAGAAUUCAAGAUCACCAAAUUAUUAUUGGAACGGAGAAUGUUGGUAUCAAAACUGAGAUUUCUUUGUUCCUUGAAAGUAAAUGUGUUCAGGGCUUUGUAAAUAUGAAAUCUGUUCUCCAAGAUUACACAAAAAGUCCGGGAAAACUGUAUCCAACGAAACCAGUAUUAGAAACAGAAACAUUAUCUCGCCAAAUACAAGACUUUCUUCAUAACGCCUGCGGACCAGCACAUGAAGAAUCCGACUUGGAACAGGAACUGGAACAAAGACUAUCUGUUGUUCUGAAGUGCAUUGGUGUUAAUGCUUUAUCAAAGAAAUAUAACUUGCCAGUCUGGCUUUGCAAUGGCAUUGUUGAUGCUAACGAAUUUCAACAGAAAGUAAACGACUCUUUUUCAAAGAAUACGUUAUAUCGAUUGAAAACACUCAAAACUAUAGCUGAGGAUCCUAAAAAGGACUACAAAGAUCUCCCUUUCGAAACAAUUCUGGCAAUAUUUUCCAACCGUAUUGUGAACAAUCUUCAGAGAGAAGUCAAAAAUGUAUUUGCUGAUGUUGAAAAGCCGCUUAGUCAAUUCUCGUCAGCGGUUCGGAAGAUGCUUCUGGAAAUUAGCAGCUGUCUGAAGAAAUCUGCUGUAGAUCCAUCCCAAACUGGGGAACAAAAGGAACACGCCUCACGAACACUGGAUGACCGGCUUCGAAAGAAUAUACUGAGAAUCAGUGGUGUGUAUGGAGUUGGAACAAUUUACGGUCAGUUAGAGGUUCAUGUAAAUCCCGGGGUCAACGUAACAGUAAUAGAAUCAGAGCUUCGGACGUUGCUGCGGAAGAACAAUAGAACAUGUCAUUUUACAUUGCGACCUAUAGAAAGAAAACCAGAAAUAUUUGUGGAUAGCCAGUAUGAAAAUGGUGAACCUAUUGAGAGUUUGUGUCCGCUUCGCAGAGGUACACUUGGAGGAUUUGUGGAUGGAAGCGACAACCAUUUAUAUGGAUUAACAUGUGCCCAUGUCGUAAGGGGGCCUGAUGGACAAGAACACAACGUUUUUAUCAAAGACGGAAAGAACAAGCAAUGUUUGUUUGCUAAAAGUAUCCCAAACCUGACUGUUUCGACAGGAGAAAAUACAAAGCCUCUUAUUGACAUUGCAGCGGUGAGGAUCGUUGACAAUAUGCAAAAUAAGUGCAUCAAAUUCUUGAAAGAUGACAACAGUAAAAUAAAACCAGCAGUAUUAGCAGCCGACAGACCUUUAGACAUGACCGGAACUUAUGUAUACAAACAUGGAGCUGUGUCAAGUUUAACAAAAGGUUUGGUAUGCUCUGAUGACUAUAGUGUACUGUGUGAUGAUGAAGGUGAGUUAGAGUACGUUAUGCUCAUUGACAACUAUGGCGACGACGAUGAUGAAUUAUUUGCAAUGCCAGGAGACAGUGGAUCAACGAUUUGUGCGCCAGACGAAAACGAAGUCAAUAUUAUCAAAACUGUUGGAAUUUUAAGUGCAGGACGGUAUAAGCCAGCUGGACAUGUCACACCAUUAUACUUUUCAUUUCGUCUUUACGACGGUCUUAGAAAAUUAACGACAAAAGCAGGAGGAAUUGAGUUUAAUUUUCCGCAAAACUGUAUCUAAACUUUAUUCGUCCAUGUACAUAGAACAGCAUAUUUUUAGUGCAAUCUAUAUUGGUAGAUUUUAUCAUAGUCUGUACACAUAAGGAAUAGACUUUUUUGGGGUUUUUUUUUUCCAUUUACAUCGUAGACUUGCUACAAUGCCAUAAGUUAUGGCAUAACUUGAUGAAUUCCCAUCGAAUGGCAUAUGGCAUAUCUUUAUUGCUCUGAGACUGUAUGAAAUUCAUUGUAUGAAUCUUUAAAAAAAAUGAAAUUUUUAUGAAGGUGUACAGGAGAAUUUUCAUAGAUUUUCUGAAUGAAUGGAUUAUAAGCAUAUCUAGCAGAAUUAAAUAUGCAUAUAUUCUAGACAUGCGUUAUCAGCUGAAUUAAAGCUUGAUUUCAUAGACUGUGGA